ACAGGCAUCGUGCCCCCAGGCGGGGCGACAGGCAUCGUGCCCCCAGGCGGAGCGGCGGGCGCCGGACCCCCAGGCGGAGCGACAGGUCUCGGGCCCUCAGGCGGAGCGGGCGGGCGCCGGACCCCCAGGCGGAGCGACAGGUCUCGGGCCCUCAGGCGGAGCGGCGGGCGCCGGACACCCAGGAGGAGCGAAGGGUCUCGGGCCCUCAAGCGGAGCGGCGGGCGCCGGACCCCCAGGCGGAGCGACAGGUCUCGGACCCUCAGGCGGAGUGGCGGGCGCUGGACCCCCAGGCGGAACGACAGGUCUCAGGCCCCCAGGCGGGGCGGCGGGCACCGAGUCACCAGGCACAACCGUGGGCUCCGAGUCAACUGGGAUGACCGCUGGCACUGGGUCAGACAUUGGAUCGUCUGGCUGGACAGCGGGCAUCGGGUCACCAGGCAUCAGGUCAUUUGGCUCGACAGCGGGCACCGCGUCAUCUGGCAAGGCAGUGGGCUCCGAGUCAACAGGCACGACAGUGAGCACCGGGUCAUCAGGUACCGGAUUGUCUGGCUCGACAGCGGGCAUCGGGUCACCAGGCAUCAGGUCAUUUGGCUCGACAGCGGGCACCGGAUCAGGUACCGGAUCAUCUGGAUCAACAGCGGGCAUCGAGUCAACUGGCCUAAUAGGAUCGUCAGGCUGGAUCAGUUCAUCAGGCCGAGUAGAGGCUUCAGGCCGAGUAGAGGCAUCAGGCCGAGUAGAGGCUUCAGGCCGAGUAGAGGCAUCAGGCCGAAGGCAUCAGGCCGAGUAGGCAGGCAU